AUGGCGUCGAGGAGAAGGGGGCAACCGCCGGCGUGCCUGCCGGUGCUGGUGCUCGUCGUGUGCCUGGCAGCCGCCGCGGUGUCGGGCGAACCGCUGCCGCAGUACUACGAUGCCAUCUUCAGCUUCGGCGACUCCUUCUCCGACACGGGCAACUUCGUCAUCAUCAACUCCGGCAAGCUGCCCAACAUUCCCAAGUUCCCGCCGCCGUACGCCAGGUGCUCCAACGGCCGCCUCGUCAUCGACUUCCUGGCCGAGGCGUUCGGCCUGCCUCUCCUCCCUCCGUCGGCCAACAAGGGCACCAACUUCAGCCAGGGCGCCAACUUCGCGGUGAUGGGCGCGACGGCGCUGGAGCUGCAGUACUUCAAGGACAACAACGUGUGGAGCAUCCCGCCCUUCAACACCUCCAUGAACGUGCAGCUGGGGUGGUUCCAGGAGGUGAAGCAGACCAUCUGCCCGUCGGACCCGUCCGCCUGCCGCGCCCUGUUCGGGAGGUCCCUGUUCGUGUUCGGCGAGUUCGGCGGGAACGACUACAGCUUCGCGUGGAAGGCGGACUGGUCCCUGGAGAAAGUGAAGACGACGCUGGUGCCCGCCGUGGUGGCCUCCCUGGUGAGCGGCGUCGAGCGGCUCCUGGACGAAGGAGCACGCCACGUGGUGGUGCCGGGCAACCUCCCCGCCGGGUGCAUCCCCAUCACGCUCACCAUGUACCCGUCCGAGGACAGGUCCGAGUACGACCCGCGGACGGGGUGUCUGAAGAAGUACAACAGCGUGGCGCUCUACCAUAACGCCAUGCUCCGCAUCGCCCUCGACCGCCUCCAGCGCCGGCGGCCGGAGUCCCGCAUCGUCUACGCCGACUACUACACACCUUACAUCCAGUUCGCGCGCACCCCGCACCUCUACGGCUACAAGCGCGGCGCUCUGCGGGCGUGCUGCGGCGGCGGCGGGCCGUACAACUACAACAUGAGCGCGUCGUGCGGGCUCCCCGGCGCCACCACCUGCGACGACCCCGACGCGCACGUCAGCUGGGACGGCAUCCACCUCACGGAGGCGCCCUACCGCUUCAUCGCCAACACCUGGGUCAAGGGGCCCUACGCGCACCCGCCGCUCGCCACCGUCGUCCUCGAGGACAUGGUCGACUGA